CGGCAUCAGCAGUAUGGCGGCCAGUAGCAGAUGAUAGCAUAUUUCGAAAUGCUACGUUAGAAAUGUUGUAUUAUUUUGACUUAAGUGAUAAGAGGUCAAUAAGUUAUCAGCAGUUCACCCCGCUACUUCAAAAUGACACUCAGUCAACAAAAUCAGUCACACCGGAGCACAAGUUAAUAAAUUAAUAUUAUUAAAAUGAGAAUAAAAAUUGUGAUUUAUUGUAUAACAUUACUUAUGUUGUCAAAUUUUGUAAGCGGAGGCAAAGUCCUAGACUUUAUACAAAAAGCUCAUGAAAGAAAUAAAGAGACGUGGGAAAAGGUACAUGAGGAUUUUAAAGAAAUAUUUCUACCAACUACAGAAAAAAGCCUGAUAUCAGACAAUGCAGCAGAAAAUGACAUUUUGAAAGUUCUCACAGGAAGCACACCAAAUAUCAUGGUUAAAACAACAGAAGCAUCAAUCGUGUCAACGACUACACCUGUAAACAAUAAUCAAGCUAAGGAGUCAUUGGGUCAUAAUAAUGAUUCUAUAGUUUUUCCCACUGAUGAAAAAGUCAACAAAACCAGUAGUUCCGGAGUGGAAAAUACUACGAAAAAACCAGAAGGGAAGGAAAAUUUCCAGGGCAAUUGUGAAUCAGGUUACCAACGCACCUCGGAUGGGAGAUGUAUGCCUACAUACUAAUUUAAGUGUGAAUAUCAAAUAAGAUUUUAUACCUACGCAAAUAAAUACUGUACCUAAUUGGUAAGUUUUUUAAAUAAAGUUAUAACCCUUUAUCAGAAUGAAUUAUUGUUGACAUGAAAGCACGUCACACGAAAUUU